CUGCGGGUUAUCGAACCAAUAAAACACGUGCAAGCGGUCUGUAUUAUUUUUUUUGACUACAGUUUGAGAUGCAAAACGGCAGGGAAAGACUUUCUGGGGGCAAUUGGCACAACAACUCCGGCUCCGACCGUUUCCAAUAUCAUAAUAAUAGUGGAGACCAGUUAAAUAGAAGCUGGACCGACAAUAACAGAGGAAACAGACGGGGGAAGGAACAGAACCAUAACAACAAUUUUAACCGAAACACUCGAGGACAAGCAUGUGCUGAUGUCAUAAAUAAUCAAGAAUCUUUUACCAAGUUUCGAGAUUCCAGCCAACAGCAACCGAAUCAUCAGCCAUUAAACCAACAAUUGGAACGUGGAAGCAUUGGUGGCACUGGACAUGAUAAUGAGGGUAACAAGCAUCGCCGCGGUGGUGAUCAGAAUCGUGGCGGUCGCAAAGGCGGCGGUGGAAAUAACGAUGGCGGCGGUCGCGGCCGCGGUGGUGGACGUCAUGGUAAUAAUGGUCGGAAUGGCGGCCGAAAUGGUGGGCGUAAUGGUAGACGUGGCGGCGGUGGCCGUAACGAUAAUGAGCGAAAUACUGGAGGUAAUACAGUCGGACCCUGGUAUGACGAACCAAUGGAAAAUGACAUUUUUUAUUUCACUAAUGGACAACUGAAUCAAGAGGACGGUGCGACGCCAACGCUAUUGCCACCGGUACAAACUGCUCCUGAGGCACCAAUUGUGCCAACUCCUGAACCACCAAAAGCUCCUGUUGCGGAAACUCCCAAAGAGACGAUUCCAGCAGCAGUAACUCCUGCUCAGCCAGAAAUACCAACCAGACUUAUUAAUGCAAUUAACAUUAAGAAAGAGAAGAAAGAUCCAAUGCCUAAGACAGCGGCAAAGCAACAGGAAAGCAGUGACGAUAGUUCCUCCAGCAGCUCCGAUGACAGUCACGAAGAUGGUGAAGUCAUAAAGCAAACGCCAGCAAUGAAAACAAAGUCCGCAGUACUGCAAAAGACAAAGAUCAAAGCUGAGGUCAUUGCUAAACCUCCUGCUCCACCCUCUUCGUCCGAAGAGGAAUCGUCUAGCGAGGAGGAGAAAGCACCGCCAGUCAAAGCCAAGACCACCGUCAAGGAAAUAAUAGCAAAGUCACCUAAGAAAUUAAAAAAAACCGUAUCCGAAGACGAUGUUGUAUGCAUUGGUAAUUUGACCAGAAAAUAUACAAUUCCCGAUGACAAUGAAGUUGAGGAUAGGGAGGAGGAAGAGGAGGAAACAGAUGAGGGCAGUGAAGCAGACUCGAAUGCGGAGAAAAAGGUCAGCAAGGCGAAACCUAAAGUGGCUAUUAUGUGUGCCCUAUGCGACAAGAAGGGACAUACUUCUUUUGAGUGCCAGAUGAUCUGCCGGAACUGUUCAGCGCCAUAUCAUAGCUUAAAGAAUUGCCCAAAUCCACCCAACUUAACAAUUGCACUUCAGGCUUUCAUGGAGUUUACCAUGCAACAAAUGUCCGUCUUUAAUAUGGAGAAACAUUUUGCAUUUCCAACAGCUCCACCUGUGGCGGUUCCUGCUUCUUCCACAACCAAGGCAAAGAAGGAAAAACGGUUUCCUGUCAAAAAGUCAAAGAAAACGCCCAAAAAGAAAAUUAAAGUUGAAGCUAACGUUAGUGACGAUGACGAAGAUGAUGAUGUCGAUGAAGCAAGCUCGGCAGAAUCAUCCAGUGAAAGUGGAUUAAGUGAAUCCAGCAGUGAACCGCAGCCAGCAGCCAAGGCGAAACGCAAACGCAGUUCCAAGCAAGCCAGCACACAACCAGCUCCAAAUAUGACAACAGCAGGAGCAUUUCCUUUCCCCUUGCUCGCUCCCGGCGCACCUUACAACUCCAUGAUGUAUCCUUAUGGGGCGCCGUUUAAUUUCCCUAAAUAAGUUCAUUUAUUAACUAUUAUACAAUUUAUGCUUGUAUAAAACUUAAUGAAAUCAAAAAGUAAUUUCGUAUAUAAAAUCUAUGAUUUGGAAAAUUUGUGGAGAUUACUACAUAUUUGAAUUUAACCAUAUUUCAGAUAUAAGCAUUUUUGGUUUAUACGUAUAAAUGUUAAGUUAUAAUUAAGAUUUAAGUAAAUUUUGUGAACCUGU